GCGCAAUCUACAACAUAUGAAGCUGGAGUGUUGUUUCGCAAGUAAUAACCACAAGGUCUAUUGUGAUAUAAGUCGUAGGAGACCUUCAAUAGACGGUCUCAAAACAUCCUGAAGCGUCCGUACUUUCAAUUUUUAAUUUAUCAGCGAGAUGUGCGCAAAUCUGUGACGCAAAUGCGUUCCAGAUGUUGUUUCACCAAUAAACAAUAAUUGCGAAUUAAAUAUGGCGAAGCUUUCAAAUUAGCCUUAAUAUAUCGCGAGUAAAUGAAACGUCGACUUCUAGAAUGAAGUUAAAAAUUUACGUUUACUCCCAUGCGCGUUAAUCAUUCGUAACAACGCGCAAUUAUGUAAUCUGCGCCAUUAGAGUGUGCAAAAUAUCUUCGAGCUCGAGAGGAGCUCCCGUUGCUUCGGCUUCGCAAGUAUCGUAGAUCAUUAUGCUAAUUCAUUCCCCAAAUAUUGGCGACUGUUCGAUGAAUAUACACUUGUGUCCGCGACACUUGUGACUCCGGGGAUCUUUAUUCCGACAAUACUACAAAGAGCUAAUUAAUGUCGCGAGAUCGAUGAUUAUGCCGUGGGACGUUCACCUAAAAUGAUGAUCUAAGCCGCCGUUCCCCUUCUUCCUUCGUCACACUUCGUUUUUCCUCCAACGAGGAAAACUUAAAAAGACCAGAAGGGAUUUCCUCGUGCGCUCCAAUGAGUGACGCACGUUCUAAUUUCCCGGUGUAUCGUUAAAUCGUGGGAGACCACAGAGAAGGCAGCAUGAUGAGAUGGCAAUAAUAUAAAUAGCCGCGAGAUAAUUAGUUUUAAUAAGUAUUUGUUCUCUGUUUUGGGAUAUAUAAGUAAUUCAUAUCCUUUCCAGCAGCAAUUCCUACAUAUGUUAUGCAUCGUGACGUAAUUAAGAGAAUAGUUUAAAAUGCUCCCAUUAAUUUAUGUUGAUACAAUUAACAAUUUGCAUCUGACGAUAUUUUGUCACGAAUUCGUGACGGUUUCGUGUCUCGUAUGCUAACGACGACUGCGCUUAAUUAUCUCUCACAAAGACGUCGUGAGAUGCUUGUGAAUCAUGUAGCAUCGUGCCGACCUUGAGCCCCAGAUCUCAGCAUAUACGUAUAGUAUAUAUACAUAUAGUUUUACAUACGCAUCACGUAUAUAGCACGGACUUAGUCGCGACGUGUAGUCCCACCUCCGAACCGCAUCACGUUGGUCUCAUUCUAUUAAUAGAUCCUACACGAGCGCUCAGCAACGUAGAGAAUUUAAUUUAAUGUUUUGCCAAUUUGUUAUGGACACACAUGAGCUCUUUGUCUCGGAGCGUUAUCAUCGAUCGCGAAAAUAUGAACCGACAGUAAAUAAUAAUUAUUGCUUCGUAAUUCUCAAGAUAAAUUCUACGCUCUCCCUGUCGGCCUGCUGUCACGUUUACGAGAUAAUAUUAACGUCCGCUCGAACGUACACAUAAAUUUCCCACCUCUCGCGAUGUGUGCGAAUUGCGAGAUAAGUCCAACUAAAUUGAAAAGAAAUAUUUCGCCGUUGUCCCGGGUAUAAAAUGCGCGACUUACGCCUGGAAUCUGUAUAAGAAUGAGCCAGUUAUCUGCAAUGCACAGUCAGCUCAAUUUACAACAUGGGCUGUAAAUUGAUUACGUUGCUUCUAUGCUUCGAAGUCAUUGUACUUUGCGUGGCGAAGGCGGAUUUUAUUUAUCAAAACAAGACACUAUUUAUGCGAACACCUCGACAGAAUAAAUCGGCCGCUGAGACUUUCGUCAUACUGAGUCCGAAGCAGAUUCAGCGUAUGGAAGCUACGAUAAAGAAUUUUCUGACGAGAUUAAUCGGACCGAGCGCUCGGCCGAUAACGCUGAGAUUGUCUGAUGGAGAUGGUUUGCGAAAGGCAAUAAGUGAUAUCUGUGAAAUUAUACGGGCAGAAAUUAUGGAGUUUUCGCGAGCCUCUGGACCAGUCGCAUCGAUUCGUCAGCGCGAGAAGAUAUCGUGGAACUCUACAAUCUCGGAAGAUUGGUUUUCCGAGGGUCUGCUGCAGGGUUCGCUUCUAUUAUGUGAUCUUGUCAGGGUAGGAGAGAGGAUCUGGUUUACGAUCAAUCAUUGUCUUGACAGGAAUAACGCGACCUCACAGAAGAACGAGGAAUUCUUACCACGCAAGACAAAAAACGGCUUCAAGUUUCUGAGCGUUGUGAAUGACGCAUUCAGCUUCAAUGAGAAAUUAUUCAAAUGUUUAUUGCCGGUAACAGACGGAGGGAAGCGAGCGUCAUCAUUCGAUCUUAAUCGAGCCUUUGCAAAUUUAGCGAAAGGUCCGCCGGAGAAUACAAUGACGACACUCAAGACUGGCCUUGAACGAGCUUCCACUCUUUAUGCAUCAAGUAAUGACACGUCUGGUAAACAGUUGCACGCACUGCUUUGUCAUUUACUAGCCGAAAGGGCCAACGAUUACGGCGAUUGCGUGAAGGAAGUGCAACGUGUUGAAGUCUGCGUGUCGUCAACGGGACGAGGCUCGACUGAAGCCGAUCAUACGCUUCCCGCCAAACCAUGGUUGACUGCCAUCGAGGACAUAAGUAGCUGCAAGAUUUAUAUCGAUGCGGAACGCAGUGCGAGCGUCCGCUGCAAUUUCGAUCGAAAAGUGCCGCGGAUGACGAUGCGGAGAGUGAAGUAUAUUUACGAGAGCAUUCUCGACCGCCGAAUAUCUCGACGGUCACCUCUUUAUCAUGCCGCAAACGAACUCGGAAAUGUGCUCUCUAAAAGUAGUUGGGGAAGACAAUUAGCGUACGACGUGUGUCAAUAUUUGGAGAUCUAUCGAGAAGGUCGUGAGAAAUUGCGUGCAAUUUCGAGGCAAGCUGUUAAAGAUAAGAAAGCGGCCAUUAGAUACAAGAAGGUAUACGAUUCACUAAAUUUAUAUAAAAACGGUGCAUUGAAGGAAACUAUGCUUGCUGUUGGUAACUUUCACCGUUCCACCUUCGAGAUGGAGAAAUUCCUUAUUCGUGGUAUCGAAAAUUCUUUUCGAGGAAUUUUCGGAUGGCCAAACAUACUACUGCUAGGCAGAUUGAUUGACACGAUAAUUCAAAUCGUGGGAUUUGUACGUAUGAUGUUAAAUGAUACGGACGCCAAAUUGCCGAUUUCUACCAACUUUCCGCUAAUUAACGUGAUAGAUUCAGCCAGCACAACGACGAAUGAUUUCUACAACAGAAAGAUGAUACAUCUUGUAAAAAUAAGUCGUCAGAAAUAUCUUAUUAAUAUAAACAAAGAGACCGAUACCGCGCUUGAGAAAUUAAUACAAUCGAUGAAUCACGUAAGCAGAAUACGAGGCGGAAACAGCAAGAGCACUUUAGCCUGUCUUGCGAAUAAUUUACUGUUGGUCGCCAUGUUUAUGGAAACUGUCAGUUUUAUAUCUGCGUUGUUUUGCUUAGAAAAACCUAAAAAUGAACUCGAUUCUGAGGAAUCGAUGGAAGAUUGGGCUUCACCUGAGAGUAAUCGCAGAUAAUUGUUUUUUAUAAACUCUGGCAUAAUUAAAUAAGAUUCCCUUCGAUGAUAUUGAAAAUCCCCGAAAGGAAUCCAUUA